AUGAUGGUGGACAACACACUGCUCGAGGCUGCUAUCUGCGGCGACGAAGAGACGUUCUGUCGGCUAAUUCGUGGAGGCGAGGACGCGAAUGCCGUCAUUGGGGCGCUCGUCCUCGGUGCGGCAAGUCUCGAUGAACUAGACACGUCGCACGCUCAAGCCAGUGUUCCUGGUCGUCUGGCAAUUCUAUAUUUCCUACUUGAAACACACGCUCUUUCCUUGUACGUGCUAAAUGCGGCUCAUACCUCUCUGAAGGGUUUGACGCCCCUGGGUAUGGCGGCGUAUCUUAAUCGAUUGGACUUCGUUACACUUCUGUUGGAGAAAGGUGACGGUCUUGUACUCAUAGAUGCGGUGGACAGCCAAAGGGCUACUCCAAUCAUGUACGCUGCUCGUGAUGGCCAUACCGAAAUUGUGCAAUACCUUAUCCGUCAUGGAGCGCGAAUAAGUGCUACGGAUUGCUAUCAUCGUUCCGUUUUAUUCUGUUCUAUAGCCUCUCCACAGUGUCUAUGGUUGUGCGAGUCAAAUAUCCGGCUUGAGAGAGCGCAGUCUUUAUUAUCCCAUAAAACAAAGCGGCACUUGAAGCUCACGUUACAGCUCGACGCCAGCGAAUAUAUCUCCCUUGCAUGCAUGUACCAACAACAUGAUAGUCGACCAUUGGCUCUCGAUAUCGAUUCCCAAGUUAUACACCUGGUUACUGCCGUUGCUUCUUCCGAUCCUUCAGCUGUACACUCCUUACUCUUUCCUUCAUAUUACUCUCAGGAGCCGUAUAUACCAAUUCCAGCUCCUGUAAACCUCCCUGACGAGAACGGGUGGUCGCCAAUACACUACUGUGUCGUAGCGCCGCGGCCGAGCACAGCUGUGCUUGACGCACUAUAUUUGGCUGGCGCGGACCUCACGCUUUAUACGGUUGACAAUACGAUGACACCGUUGCAUGCUCUUGCUCGGUUCGGUGGUGCCAUAAGUAGUGGCUCAUCUCGUCUGUAUGCGUUCAUUAUACAUCUCGUACGUGACCUCGGAGCCCGGCUCGAUGCUAUCGACCUGAAUGGCGAGACAUGUAUUCAUCUUACCGCACGUUAUGGUCGUUGCUCGGAUGUCCUUAUGGCGUUCCUGGAGUGCGACCCCGACGGGACAACAGUUAAGAUAAAGAACAAUGACGGGAAAACCGCAUAUGAGGUAGCGAAGCCCGAGUUUCGAUCAAUUUUCGAGCGGGACAGUGAUUUGCUGCGUCCUGAUUCGGCUGCAUCCUCGAGGACCGUUAGACCAUCCGAUUCAAGUUCUUUACUGGCAAUGAGCCGGUCGACCGAUUCAUCAAGUUCUCCAGAUUCGGACGAGGAACACAUGCCAGAAGAACAGUUCCCUUUCAUUAUUUCACGCGAAAAGGAGAACUUACGACGCACGGUUAUGAAUCCCAUUGGCGCGCGACAACUCCUUGAUGAUCUGGACUGCCUUUCUGAGCAACUGCAGGUAAUGCAGAUGCGAGAAACAGGCAGAACGGCCAAAUUGAAGGAACGUGUUGACGUUGCCGAGCUAGACGAACUUCUGCAUUGCAGCCGUCAAAAUGGUUCAGAACUUCUGGAGCGCUUCCGACAGCUCAUCGAUGCGGAAAUUGAUGAUUUACAUGCUGCACAGGAUGUCCAUACUUCUUUGCAGCUGCUUAUUUCGCGCCUGGAGCAGAGGAUAUACGAGGACGAGGAAGGAAGGCGUGCAGCGACCCCGUCAUUGGCGUCGGUUCGAAGGUCAUCUGGAACACCCUCUCUCACCAUGUCAGGUUCAUCAUCGGCCGUUUCUUUGACUUCACUUGCGGAUCUCGCUGCGCUUGUCACUCCUACAGGUUCUCCUCGUGCUAAUGCACAUGAUCUGUCGACACCAAAGGCAGAAGCUGUGCAACGGAAAAGUAUUACUGAGGAGUCGGAGAUCGACUUUGCGUGUGCGCUUUCGACGGGGAAUAAUCCACGCAUUAGGCGUUUGUCGACAAUCUUUUCCGUGGCCCCGAAUACGUCCUCGCACAUCGAAGUAAACUCGCCGUUAGAGGCCGGCGUUAACCUUGUCUCUAUUCCUCCUGUACGCGCUCCUGAAGUACGAGACGCUGGUUCGCAGCUACAGACAUUGGGAUCCUGUGGGUAUGAAUCAUGGCUUGACCCGUACGUGCGACGUGCGAACUCGGAUAUCUUAAAAGCGCAUCUCGCAAAUCUUCUGGAGAUUGAACAGAUGUUAUUUGGAAAGGAAGACAGGGAACGAGAGGAGGUGCCCAGCCCUGGAUCUGUAGGAGGUGAAGAUGACAACGCGUGCUGGAGGGAAGGCGUUGAAGGCGUCGAGACCUUGCAAGAGGAGGAUGGAAAUUUCUUGGAGAUGUUUGAUGGUGAUGAGGAAGGGCUGGGUGGAGUGGAAAGGAAGGGAAAUAUGCACGAUGAUGCUGACGAGUUCUUGGACCUGUUUAGCUCUCAUGAAAGCAACGACUCGGAUGUCGAGUAUACUCCAACGUUUAGGGCAACGCAAGAAGCCAAAACUUGUUCGGACGCGAGUUCUUACUCUGCUUUAGACAUUCUGGAGAUCGCCAGGCACGAACUUUCCACAGUGGAAGAGGCUAUGUUUACUGCUUGUCGUUCAAUCGAAUCUGCCCAGCGAUAUAUUAGCCAAGCGGAAUGCCUCACGAGUAACAUAUUCCAGAAGAUGGAGCAUACGGCACAGGCAACGCGUCUUGCGAAUGCUCUGAAUGAUCUUUGCAUCGAUGAGAUCACCACGGACUAUAGUCGAGAGCGAGGUGGAAUGCCAAGCAAUAUAAGCCACGCGCACACUCCUACGACCUCGCCAGUCUUACAGCGUAGGCCAGCUUUCUCCAACAUGAAUUCAAACACUUUUACAGACUCGCGUGCAUUCCCUCUUCCUCCACCUCCGUCUCGCUACCUUCGAGAGAGUGAUCGUAAACCAUCGGUGCAAUCACUCAUGUUGAUGGCUUCACCCUUUCCUACUCCAGAUACACCUGACGAUGAGAUACUCGCCCUCCGCCGAGUUCUAGUGCGCAAGAUUCCUCUCUGGCUGGAUGCAACGGCGUACGACGUGGAUAAGGCCGGAUCGUGGGUCGGAAUUGUCCAGGCCAUCGUGCAUAACAUCCAACGUAAUCGGCUAUGA